AUGGCAUCCUUCGUCCAUCAUGGUGCUUGGGACCAUCGAUCCCGCCAAAAUCCGGCCUUAAAUUUCAUCGAAAAAUACCACUUGUUAAUCGACAAUCUCGAGCUCAGAUCCACUCCAUUCUCCUCCUUCUUCGCGCCCUUCGCCGCAUACCACGAUACCAAAGGCAACACACACGUCACAGGCUCGCACAUUUGGGCCUGGCUCUCCCAACAAUGCUCUCCAUUCUCGCAAAUCCGACACGAUGUAGUGGAGGCCCGAGUCGUGCCCGACGAGGAAGGGAGAGACAUCGUGUAUUGGGAGUGCCUGACGCAUUUCCAGCUAAAGGGGGAUAACAAUGAGAUUGUGGUGCCCAGAUUUUUUGUCUGGACUAUUGGGCCGGCGCCCGUUGGCGAAGGCACCGAUGGGAGGCAGAUUCAUAAGUGCAGGGUAUUUUGGGAUACGGGCGUUAUUGGGAGGUAUGUUACGGAGCGGAAGAGGGAGCAAAUGAGGAGGGUUAAGAAGCUGGAGGUACGGAAAAAGCGGUAG